ACCGCAGUCCAAAUAAUAAAUCGUAAGCAGGAAGGCCUGGGCCCGAGUCUCAUGCCUGGGAGAAGGGCGAAGGUCGUACCCUGCCACUCACGGGUUGUGUUGUGAUGUCAGAGCAGCCCUUCCGUGUCACAAUGUAACAGCCUCCGUGCCUCCCACUGGCCCCCAUCACAUCUUGCCCUUUGCACUAGGCACUGCCGACUGCCAGGUUUAUUCCUGGGAACUCUCUUGAGCCUUCAAGAGGUCUGGGGCUAGGACAUGAGCUCCCAGGAGACCCCACAAGCUCGGAGAUUCCCCAUAGAGGCCGGAGAUUCUCCCAGCCUGGCAGCUGCUCCAGAGACCCAGGAGCCAGUUGCCACUGAGCACACUGCAGCAAGGCAGCUGAGAAGAUGCCCCGGGUGCCACUGCCUGACCCUGCCCAACGUUCCUAUUGACGUUUACAUUGCCAUGGGCGGGAACGGGAGGCCACGGACCACCUAACGGUUCCCCCGAGUUGGGCUCGAGUGCUGAGACCACCGAGCUGGUCACCCGAAACUCCCUGACAGCUGGAGAACCGCAAAGGACGCCGCCACACAAAACAGUGACGCACAUUUUAAUAAAAGGACAUCUUAG